GUGAUCAAAUGAUAUCAAAUUGAAUAUCCACAACUCAGAAGCUUCAGAUCACUAAUACGACGACGAAUUACGGAACUGAGGGGUAAUGGUGUGUCGUUUCGUUUUCAGGGGUUCCGUUUCCUAAUUUUGUUCAUGCUAUUUCUAUUUCUGUUUAGUUCUUGCAGGAAUUCAUUUUCUGUGUUAUCAGGAUCAGGGUCCGAUAUGGGGUUCUCGGUUACCACGCUAGUUUUCGCAGUGAUUGGAAUUGUUGCGUCCCUCUGUACCAGAAUUUGUUUCAACAGAGGACCUUCCUCGAAUCUAUUUCACCUAACCUUGGUUCUUACUGCAACAAUAUGCUGCUGGAUGAUGUGGGCGAUUGUAUAUCUAGCACAGAUGAAACCGCUGAUCGUACCUAUCCUGAGUGAGGGUGAAUAACUUUCUGCAUAAACAGAUGCCAACCCUUAAGAAUGUGAAUCGCUGGUUGGACGUUGGAGAGGAGUUGAUUUCAGCUCUCAUAAAUCGUUAGUAUUUUCUGUGGGUGGAUCUGUAUGUAUUCUUGUUCUACAUUGGGUCUUACAUGCUGCCAUUACUCAUGUUAGAAUUGUUGUAUUCUACCCUUGUUCAUUCCCGAAGUCAGUAUAGGGCUAUUAAGUAUGUAUUUUGGUGAAAUAAACAUUAUAUCGUGGUGUUUACUAAUUUCUAAAAGAAAUUUUAUGAGAGGAUUUAUUCCCAAAA